AUGGCCAGAAGAACCGUCCAGCUGUUGACGCUCCGCCGCCCAAAGCGCCCAAGAAGAAGUCCGCCGCUCAAAGCCACAGAAAGCAUGGCCCGGCGUCGGUUUGAGCUGAUCGGUCAAAGCCGUGUCCCGCGUCCAAGGAGAGGAGCGGCGUGUCCCUCGCCGCCCCUGAAGAAAUGGCUCUCGCCGCCGGCCGGCUACGACGUGGAGAAGAACAACUCCCGCGUCAAAGCUUCGCCAAUCAAGAGCCUGGCGCCUCCGGCUCCUUCAAGCUCAGCAAGAAAGCAAGCCGAGCCCAAGAAGAAACCGGGCCAGAAGGCGGCUCUAAGCCAAGAAGCCCGCUGCUGCCCGACGGCCCAAGAGGCAGCGGCAAAGAGCCCGCCCGCUAAGAAAUCACCCAAGAAGGCCAGAAACCGCCCCGCCGCCGCCAAGAAGGCGACCAAGAGCCCAAGAAGGCGACAAGAGCCCCAAGAAGGCGAAGAAGCCAGCAGCGCCCAAGAAAGAGCAAGAGGCCCCAAAAAGGCCAAGCUGGCCAAAACCCAAGAAGCAAAGCCUAAAGCUGCCAAGCCUAAGAAGGCAGCUACCAAGAAGAAUAAACUCUUCUGUUUUCUUCAUCAACGGCAUUUCAGAGCACCACAAACUCUACAGAGAGCAAAGAAACCCACCAGCACUUCAGUCUUAGUGUAA